GCGUCCAGCCGCGACUGCUGCUAACUGACUACGACCCAAACAUAAGCACAGACUCGACACGCACCCAACGCACGCACACACGCACACUCGCCACGGCGUCUGGCACGACCAACACGCACGCACACACUGGUCACCACCACCGCCGUGUCUUAUUCCUAACAUUGCAUACCAGUUGGAAAGAGAUAGGUAAUGCAGAAAAUUAUUAUAUAGUGGAUCGUGCUUUUCUCGCAGGAUUUGCACCAGCCCAGAGUUUAUUUGAGUGAGCAGCAAUAAUCAUCUAGUGGAGUAGUACAAUAAUUGAUGAUGGCCUCAGACUGCGAUCGCCUUCGUGCGCUCAAGGCCUUCGACGACACCAAGGCCGGCGUCAAAGGCCUCGUUGAUGCGGGUGUCACCACCAUCCCCUCCAUCUUCCACCACCCACUGCCCAUAGAGCACACCGAUCAUGAUCACCACUUCACCAUCCCGGUCAUCGACCUCGCGGCUGCCACGGGUGGUACUACUACCACACCAUCCAAGCGAGCUGAGCUGGUUGCGGCCGUGAAGGCGGCCGCAGAGACGGUGGGCUUCUUCCAGGUAGUGAACCAUGGCGUGCCCAAGGCGGUCAUGUCGGAGAUACUCGCGGCGGUGCGGGGAUUCCACGAGGAGCCGGCGGAGGCCAAGGCACCGUACUACAGCCGGGACCUUGGUCGGCCCGUGAGGUACUGGAGCAACUUCGACCUGUUCCAGUCACCGGCGGCCCAGUGGCGCGACACCUUGUACAUGGAAACGACGCCGGAGCUGCUGCCACCGGAGGAGAUCCCACCCGCGUGCCGGCCCAUCGCGCUGGAGUACGGGAGGCUGAUGCAGCAGCUGGGACGCACCCUGCUUGAGCUGCUGUCGGAGGCGCUGGGCCUUCACAGUGGCCACCUGGAGGAGGACGCGGCAUGCCUGGAGAGGCUCGCCGGCCACUACUACCCGUCCUGCCCGGAGCCGCACCUGACACUGGGUACCACACGCCACUCUGACCCUUGCUUCCUCACCGUGCUUCUCCAGGACGCCGUCGGCGGCCUUCAGGUGCUACUCAAGGAAGACUACUAUGGCGGCAACAACAACAACAACAACAACAACAACAACAACAAGUCGUCUGCGGUGUGGGUGGACGUACCGGCGGUGGAAGGUGCGCUGGUGGUGAAUGUCGGUGACUUCCUGCAGAUCGUCUCCAACGACAGGUUCAAGAGCGUGGAGCACCGCGUGGUGGCCCAGAGCACCGGGUCUCGCGUCUCCGUGGUCUGCUUCUUCCGAAGACAGGACGCGCCCACGUCCACCAGAGUGCUAAGGCCAAUCGUCGCUGACGGCGAGGCGCGCUUUAGGAGCACGACGAUGGCAGAGCUGAUCCAGCACAACAGGGCCAAGGGCCUCGACGGCAGCUCUGCGCUGCAGCACCUGAGGCUCUGAAUCAGUCUGAUCGAAACUACCUAGCACGUACAGUCUGGAAGAUGCAUACAUAUACAGGGUGAGAGGUACGGUCUAGAACAUACAUGCAUACAGGAAGGCAGUAAAAACAUAAGCACUUACCGUGUUCACUAUACCAGGCAAUAAAUACAUACAUGUAAGGGCAGCCUGGUGCAUGUAGCUCCCGCUUGCUUGCGCAGGUUCUGACCACUUUAGGUCUAUAGUACGCAGCCUUUUACUACAUUUUCUACAACAGGCUGUUAAUAAAUACAUACAUUUUUAUUGAAAAGAGUAAUAUAUUAAUAUGAAAAUGAUA